AUGGCGGGCCCGCCGAUUAUUUAUGUUGAUUGUGAAUCUUUCAUGAACAGGAAGAGGAAAGUACCAAAAUCAAAAGUCGCAGCCAUCGUGCAUCUACAGGCUGAACCAUAUUGCCAGAUCUUCUAUAUUUCCAACGGAACUCUUGCUUGUUCUAGGGAGGCCACUCAGCUUUCUACAAAAGUAGAGUCACCCCGAAGCAACUGCACCGGCACUACUUGGCGACCCGAUUUCCCUAAAAGAUGCCAAUCACUAUCACCAGGGUAUCCAGGGUUCUUAGGCUCCACAGAUCAACAAGCCCAUCAACGACGGUCCAAGCAGCCAGUUAGCUAUACAUAUCCCUUGUUAGGAUCGACAACAGUCAAUGCAGAAAACAUAUCAGGUGCAAUGCAGCGGUCGAUUGAUAUGAGACUAACAGGUUUCUCCCUAAAUUCCAGCCAGCAAAGCACUGGAGGAUCCUCAUUGGCUUUGCAGGAUUUAAAUACUAUGAAUAGUUCACCAGUACAUGUUUCGAUUGCAAGCUCUAAAGAACAUCAACACUCUAUGGUAGAAACUGGUGUGCAGCUUGAUGUGUUUGAGCAACUACACCGAGUCCACAAUGAACUGGAGUGCUCGAAAAAAGAAGCAUCCGAGGGCCGGCAGAAAGCCGUGAGGAAUCUGUUUGAAGCUUCUAUGAUGUUCAAAGCACGGGAGAACGCACUCCGCAAAGAAAAAAAAGAGCUAGAGGAUAGACUGACUAGAGAAAACACUGGACUCAGAAAAGAACACCUCUAUAUAUGCAAAGAGCUGCAAAAGGCAAAUGAGCAAAGAGCAGAACUGGAGAACCGUGUAUUUAGCCCUACUAGUGAUGUUGCCUUAACAGAGUUCACCUACACAGAGAUAAAUGAAGCGGCGGACAACUUUGAUGACUCCAAAAAUAUUGGGGUCGGUGGGUGUGCAACCGUCUACAAGGGAUUUCUACGACAUACUACCGUAGCCAUAAAGAAAUUCAACCGUGAAGACGCAACAGGAGAUAAAGAGUUUAAUGACGAGGUAGAAACACUCCGUAGGAUGAGGCAUCCAAACCUUGUGACCCUGAUAAGAGUGUGCAAGGAGGCCAAAGCGUUGAUCUUUGAAUUCUUGUCAAACGGAAGCCUAGAGGAUUGUUUGCAGUGCACGGACCAAAGAGAGCCACUCUCAUGGAGAACGCGCAUCAAAAUCGCUGCCGACAUCUGCACAGGACAUAUCUUCCUCCACUCCAACAAACCAAAAGGCAUUGCACAUGGUGAUCUCAAGCCUGACAAUGUCCUUCUCGACGCAAGCUUUGUUUGCAAACUGGCAGAUUUUGGGAUCUCUCAUCACUUGAAUGUAACAAACACCACUAUCACCCCGUAUCACCGAACAAACCAAAUCAAGGGCAAAAUGGGAUACAUGGACCCGGCAUACAUUGCCUCAGGGGAGCUCACAGCACAGUAUGACGUCUACUCUUAUGGAGUAGUGUUAAUGCGAUUGCUAACUAAUAAGAGACCCCUAGGCCUGCCGCAUGUUGUUGAGGCAGCCAUUAGAGAAGGCACGUUGCGAGAUCUAAUUGAUACUUCAGCUGGGGAAUGGCCACCUGAGUGUGCUGAAGAGUUGGCAAGACUAGCACUGCGCUGUUGCCGGUUAGAACGAAAGGAGCGGCCCAAUCUUGCAAAGGAGGUGUGGGGUGUCUUGCAAGCUAUAAUGAACUGUCAAGACCAAAAAUGUGGGCCACCAGCGUUUUUCAUCUGUCCGAUGACACAGGAGAUCAUGAGGGAUCCACACAUUGCUGCCGAUGGAUUCACAUAUGAAGGCGAUGCCAUAAAGGACUGGUUUCAAAUGGGGAACAAAAUUUCCCCCAUGGCCUACGUCAACUUCGCACACCAUGAGUUGAUACCAAACAAUGCCCUUCGUUUUGCAAUUCAAGAAUGGCAAAAGCGACAACAACCAUGA